AUGAGUGACAACCCGUUCGAGGCAAAAACCCUUGCAUCCACCCGGGCAAACUCGGCCUCUCUCAAGUUCUGCCAGCGCUCCAUCGACGACACAGUCAGCGAGCUCCAGACAGACUUAGCCACGGGAUUGGCCACCAACCAGGACGUGUUGAACCGCAGAUCGCUCCACGGAGUCAACGAGUUGUCCAACGAUGAAGAAGAGAACAUCGUGCUCAAGUUUUUGUCCAAUUUCUACGAGGAUCCGUUGAUCUUGUUGUUGAUUGGGUCUGCAGUCAUCAGUUUCUGGAUGGGAAACACCGACGACGCCAUCUCCAUCACAUUGGCCAUCACCAUCGUGGUCACGGUGGGUUUCGUGCAAGAAUACCGCUCGGAAAAGUCCUUGGAGGCCUUGAACAAGUUGGUGCCAGCAGAGGCCAGAUUGACCAGAAACGGAAGCACCUCCACCGUGUUAGCAUCCUCCUUGGUUCCUGGCGACUUGGUCCACUUCUCCCAGGGUGACAGAAUCCCUGCAGACAUUAGAUUGACGGAAGCAGUCCAUUUGACCAUCGACGAAAGUAAUUUGACAGGUGAAAACCGUCCCGUCAGAAAGACCACAGCAGCCUUGUCGAAUGCCAACGACACGCCUCUGAUCACCCAAAGAACUUCUAUCGCGUUCAUGGGCACUUUGGUGCGCGAUGGACACGGUUCAGGCAUUGUUAUCUCUAUUGGAGCCAAAACCGAAUUUGGUGCUGUGUUCGAGAUGAUGAGCGAGAUCGAAAAGCCCAAGACCCCGUUACAGCAAGCCAUGGACAAGUUGGGAAAGGAUUUGUCAGUUUUCAGUUUCAUUGUCAUUGGUAUUAUUUGUUUGAUUGGUGUAUUACAAGGCCGUUCAUGGUUGGACAUGUUCCAGAUCUCAGUAUCGCUUGCCGUGGCUGCUAUCCCUGAAGGCUUGCCUAUCAUCGUCACCGUCACCCUUGCGUUGGGUGUGUUGAGAAUGGCCCGUCACAAGGCAAUUGUUAGAAGAUUGCCCAGUGUCGAAACGUUGGGAAGUGUCAAUGUCAUCUGCUCUGAUAAAACCGGUACUCUCACGCAAAACCACAUGACUGUCACCAAGAUAUGGUCCACUGACUUCAAGGGAAGUUUCAACAGUCCUUUCUUAAUCGUGGAAAAACUCGACGACAAAAGUCUCCACGAACAAUUGACCAAAAACAUGCACAGAGUCUUGGAAUGUGGCAGUAUCUGUAACAACGCAAGAUACUCGCUGGAGAAUGAGAAGUACGUGGGUAACCCCAGCGACAUUGCUUUAGUCGAGUGCUUGCCUCACUUUGGCUUGGACGACUCCAGAGCUACCAAGGAAAGAAUCUACGAAUUGCCCUUCUCGUCUUCUAGAAAGUACAUGGCCGUGUGUGUGCACAGUGGUGACAUGGACAAGGCCGAAACCAUCGUCAAGGGAGCCGCCGAAAAGGUGCUUGGGCUUUCUAAUAGAUACUACGACGAAAACGGAGAUAUCAAGCCUUUGACAGAUGCCAUCAAGAAGACCAUCUUGCAGAAGUCCGACGAGUUGGCCAACGAUGGGUUGAGAGUGUUGGGAUUUGCUAGAAACAAUAAGAAGUUUGUCACUGAAAAGGAAGAUGCUGAGCCCUUCGAGUUGGUGUUUUCUGGCUUGAUUGGUAUGAAGGAUCCUCCCAGACCAAACGUCAGCAAGUCCAUUGCGUUGUUGAUGAAGGGUGGUGUUCACGUCAUCAUGAUCACGGGUGACUCUCCUGCCACUGCCGUUAAUAUUGCGAAACAAAUCGGCAUGCCUAUUGUUGGAGAAAAUGCAGUAAUCACCGGAGACCAAAUCGACAGUUUGAGCGAAGAGGCGUUGUCUGAUGUGAUCCGUAACGUGUCUGUUUUUGCCAGAACCACUCCUGAACACAAGGUCACCAUUGUUAAAGCCUUCCAGAGAAGAGGAGAUAUUGUGGCUAUGACUGGUGAUGGUGUAAAUGAUGCACCUGCCUUGAAAUUGGCCGAUAUUGGUAUUGCUAUGGGUAAAAAUGGAACCGAUGUUGCCAAAGAGGCUGCUGACAUGGUCUUGACCGAUGACGACUUCUCCACCAUCUUGAGUGCCAUCAGAGAGGGCAAGGGUAUUUUCUUCAACAUCCAGAACUUCAUCACCUUCCAGCUUUCCACCUCGAUUGCUGCGUUGACAUUGAUUGCAUUGGCUACUCUUUUCGGGUUGCCCAACCCGUUGAACGCCAUGCAAAUCUUGUGGAUCAACAUCUUGAUGGACGGACCUCCAGCCCAGUCGCUUGGUGUCGAGCCAGUGGACGCUGAAGUCAUGACCAAGCCUCCUAGAAAGCGUAACGACAAGAUCUUGACCAAGCAGGUCAUCAAGAGAGUGUUACAGUCAGCAUCCAUGAUUAUCAUUGGAACCUUGUAUAUUUUCAUCAAGGAGCUGAAGGUGGACGAAAUCACCGCCAGAGACACCACCAUGACCUUCACCUGUUUCGUGAUGUUUGAUAUGUUCAAUGCGCUUGCGUGCCGUCACCACUCCAAGUCCAUCUUUGAGAUCGGACUCACCAACCAAAUGUUCAAUUUUGCGGUUCUUGGGUCGUUGUUUGGCCAGUUCUGUGCCAUUUACGUGCCCUUCUUCCAGGCCAUUUUCCAGACCGAGGCGUUGUACUUCAGCGACUUGGUCCACUUGGCCCUUCUCUGCAGCACUGUGUUUAUUGGAGACGAAAUUAGAAAGUACUUCGUGAAGAAGAGAACCUUGCAAACCAACGGGUUCCACUACGGUGUUUGA